AUGAUGCAGUGCCUGAACAUCGUGGUCGAAGAUGUUCUAGAAGUUGACUCUCGAACCCGGAAUCAGAGCCAGCGACCAAAGAAAAGCAGUGACGACGUAACACUCAGCAACCUCGCCAAAUUGUCUGUGCAAGAUGUACCCACCAAAGUUGCAAUGCCAGAUAUCGCCGCAGACGCCCGCGACCGGAGCGCAACACUCCUAGAACGGGUAGAGAUGUUGUCAGCAGAGCCCGUUGUCCUCGCUCAUGCCACGAACAUGGCUUUCUUCAGCCGCACAGGUCUUGUCCCUGAUGAAAAGGGCCGCAGUCUUCCUGUACACACCGACAAGCACAUCAGCGGCGCCGUUUUCGAAGCCGUCCAUGGCGAGAUCCAAGCCGCGGCAAUCUGGGCUUACAUUACCCGCCUUGUCGAAGCCCUCGAGGUGUCGGACCGCGACAAGACGUACCGCGCCCUCAUUCUUCAGGAGCUUUCAAACGUGUGUCAGUUGGAGUACGAACGCACACAGGCUCUGUUCCGGCGUCAUGUCGCCACCGGCGCUGGCCCCAAACGAUUCAAACGCAUCUCCAAUGCCUACGACAACGCAAGCAACGCGCGUCUCGCCAUGAAGGGCAAGCCCGAAGACCUGACGAGAAGCGACCCCUUGUUCAGCUACCUUCUUCGCCUCUGUCAGCCUAGCACCGCACCCUCCAAUGCUACGGACUGGAUGAAAAGGCUGGGCGAUCUGUACACGGCCCAUCCAACGGAGCGUGAAAGGCUGGAGGAACGCCAAGCUGACGCGCUCUUCGACCUGGCCGUCAUCGUUGGGUUCGUUCAGGAUCUUUCAUCUGCUGUUACCCUUCCAUCCUGUUCAAACAAAAAGGGACGAGCGUUCGUCAAAAGAUCGCGAGAGUUGGAGGCAGAGCUGACGGCUUUGAAAACCGAAAUCGACCUGCGUGACUACGCCGUGCCCAUCGGCAAUCUCUUGGAACCCGGGAUGGCCGAGGGAGCUCUCGCAUCCCUUGAGGAGUUCGUGGUGGCUAACGCCGGUACAAAGAUCGGUAUUCUCUACCAAGAUCUCAUCACAGAGUGCUUCGCUGACCUCGAGAGUCGAUAUGAGCAAAUGAAGAUCGACAAGGCAAAGAACACAUUACCCGCAGCUUGCAUCGAUUGGGCCGUCGGUGAACCCAAAGAGGCCAUGAUUACUCGUCGGAAGGAAAAGCUGAAGACGCGACCGUCCCAAGCAUCUACUCACGAGCUGAGCCCCCGACAUUCUGUGGCCGCAGAGCAACCACGGCUUAGCGCAUCAUCGGAUACCAUUCAGGUCAGCGCGUCAACUGCUGACUUCUUUGCCAACUUGUUCUCAAAGUCUCAAGCACGGAGAUCGACAACUUGGAUAUCGUUCGAGACCGCCAUGGCAGAGCUUGGCUUCUCUGUCUACCCUCGGUACGGGUCCGUCUACACCUUCCGGCCCCCGAUGCAGUUCAAAGUCGAAAGGCCUUUGACCAUCCAUCGCCCGCAUCAAUCGCAAAUUGAGGGAUACAGACUGCUCAUCCUUGCACGGCGGUUGAAUCGGACGUAUGGAUGGAGUGAGAAAACCUUCAAGCUUCAAUGA